GGCCGGCCGGGAGCAGGUCUCCCUCAUCAGCACCUCCUUCGUGCUGAAAGGGGACGCGUCUCACAACCAGGCGAUGGUGCACUGGACGGGCGAGAACAGCAGCGUGAUCCUGAUCCUUACCAAGUAUUAUCAUACUGAUAUGGGGAAAGUUCUGGAGAGCUCUUUGUGGAGGUCUUCAGAUUUUGGGACAUUAUACACAAAGUUGAAUCUACAGCCUGGGAUUGCCACUGUUAUUGACAAUUUCUACAUUUGUUCCACCAACAAAAAGAAGAUAAUUCUUGUAAGUUCUUCCCAUAAUGACCGUGACCAAAGCCUUUUCAUAAGCACAGAUGAAGGAGCCACUUUCCAGAAACAACCCAUUGCUUUCUUUGUGGAAACUCUCCUUUUUCACCCAAAAGAAGAAGAUAAAGUACUUGCUUAUACCAAGGAAGGCAAGAUUUAUGUAUCUAUUGACUUGGGGAAAAAAUGGAACCUUUUGCAGGAACGAGUUUCUAAAGAUCAUUUUUUUUGGGCUGUUGCUGGAGUUGACGGGGACCUUGAUUUAGUUCAUAUGGAAAUCCAGGACCCCAGUGGAGGUUAUCGCUACAUCACUUGCCAGAUUCAAAAUUGUUCUGAUAAGACAAUGACAGUCCCAUUUGCUGGCAGCACUGAUCGGGAUUCCCUGACUGUGCAGGACGACUACAUAUUUCUUCAGACAACAUCAGCAAAUCGGACCAAGUAUUUCGUGUCGUACCGUCGGAAUGGCUUUGUACAGAUGAAGUUGCCAAAAUAUGCAUUGCCAAAAGACUUACAGAUAAUCAGUACAGAUGAAAACCAGGUGUUUGUGGCUGUACAGGAGUGGUACCAGACAGAUACAUACAACCUGUACCAGUCUGACCCACAAGGUGUUUACUACUCCCUCUUGCUGGAGAAUGUCCGGAGCACAAAGCAGCCAGAAGAGAAUGUCCUGAUAGAUAUUCUGGAGGUCAGAGGUGUAAAAGGAGUCUUUUUGGCCAACCAGAAAAUUGAUGGGAAAGUCACGACUCUGAUAACCUACAACAAAGGCCGUGACUGGGAUUUUCUAAACCCUCCAGACAUUGAUAUGAACGGCAAACCCACCAAUUGCAAACCUCCUGAUUGUUACCUUCACCUCCAUCUGCGGUGGGCAGACAAUCCCUAUGUGUCAGGCACAGUGCACACCAAGGACACUGCACCAGGGCUCAUCAUGGGGGCAGGUAACCUGGGGUCCCAGCUGGUUGAGUAUAAAGAAGAGAUGUACAUAACAUCUGACUGUGGGAACACGUGGCGUCAGGUCUUUGAAGAAGAGCACCACAUCUUGUACUUGGACCAUGGUGGAGUUAUUGUGGCUAUCAAAGACACUUCUAUCCCUCUGAAAAUACUCAAGUUCAGCAUAGAUGAAGGCCAGACCUGGAGUACACAUAAUUUUACCAGCACUUCUGUCUUUGUAGAUGGACUACUUAGUGAACCUGGAGAUGAGACACUGGUCAUGACAGUCUUUGGACAUAUCAGCUACCGUUCAGACUGGGAACUGGUGAAGGUGGACUUCAGACCAUCCUUCCCCAGGGAGUGCACUGAUGAAGACUAUGAGUCUUGGGAACUCACAAAUCUGCAGGGUGAUCGUUGCAUCAUGGGCCAGCAGAGAAGCUUUCGAAAGAGGAAGAUUUCAUCAUGGUGCAUUAAAGGGAAAAGUUUCACAUCAGCUCUCACAUCCAAAGUUUGUGAAUGUGUGAACACUGAUUUCUUAUGUGAUUAUGGGUUUGAGCGCUCUGCACCUCUGAAGUUGGAGUCGAGCAAAUGCUUUGCUGACUUUUGGUUUAACCCAGAAGCACCUCCUGAAGACUGUGUGUUGGGGCAGGCAUACACCAGCAGCACUGGGUACAGGAAAGUUGUUUCUAAUGUGUGUGAAGGUGGAGUAGACCUGCAGCAGAACUUAGCACACCAUAUGUGUCCACUGAUUGCUCCCAAGGGACUACAGAUCAGCAUCAGAGAAGAAAGUCUGGCUGUUAGGCCUGGGGAAGACAUCACCUUCAUUGUCCAACAAGAGCAGGGUGAUGUAUUGAGUACCAAAUACCAGGUAGAUCUUGGAGACGGCUUUAAGGCGAUAUACGUGAACCUGACGAUGACUGGAGAGCCCAUCCGUCACCGCUACGAGAAUCCUGGGAUUUACCGCGUGUCGGUGAAGGCUGAGAAUGUGGCUGGGCAUGACGAGGCUGUGGUGUUCGUCCAAGUCAGCUCUCCACUCCAGGCUUUAAAUUUAGAAGUGGUUCCAGUCAUUGGGAGAAACCAGGAGGUGAACCUGACAGCUGUCAUUCUGCCCAAGAACCCUAAUUUGACAGUUUUCUACUGGUGGAUAGGAAACAAUCUUCAGCCACUGCUUACAUUGGAGAGUUUUCUGGUGACAAAGUUUGCUGAGACAGGUGAUGUCAGAGUUACAGUGCAAGUUUCCUGUGGGAGUUCUAUGCUUCAGGACUCAAAAGUUGUCCAUGUUUUUGAUCAUUUUCAUGUUCUUCCUCUGAAGUUUACUAAGGACCUGGACAUGUAUAACCCCGACAUACCGGAGUGGAGGGAAGACAUUGGGCGGGUGGUGACGCGACUUCUUGCAAAGGAGACCAGUAUACCUGAGGAAACACUCAUGACAGUUGUGAAACCUGGUCUGCCCACAGCUGCUGACUUGCAUGUGCUACUACCAGCAAAUCAACCAAAAAAGAAGAGAAGCAUAACAAGUGAUAAGAGAAUAGCAGCUAUAAAGCAGGCCCUGAAUGCACACAACAUCAGUUUCUUUCUGAGAGGAGGAUACUGGGUCUUAGUGACUUUAGCUGACUCCAGUUCAGACUCUCAGAGGAUUGGAGGAGGCAGUGGCUACUGGGCUAUUGUGGUUCUCUUUGUUAUUUGUCUAGUUGCAGUUGGGGCUUUCAUCCUCUACAAGUUCAAAAGGAAACUGCCAGGCAGAAAUGUCUACGCUCAGAUGCACAAUGAAAAAGAGCAGGAGAUGACAAGCCCUGUUAAUCACAGUGAGGACACCCAGAACAUCAUCCAGGGUGAGGAGUUUAUUGAUGAUGAUCUGGACUCUCAAACACUAGUGACUCCUUCUGGGAGAAGUGGCAACUUGAACAGCUACAGAGUUCCCUUAUUGCUGAUGCCGGUCAGUGUCCAGUCCCAGGCAAUCACUCAGGCGUGGUUUUGAGCAUCAACUCCAGAGAGAUGCACAGUUACCUGGUUAGCUGAUAUUUGCAGCUGAACACAAAAACCGAAAGACUCUUCACUGUACCAUUUUCUUUUUCCCUGGUGAUGUCCCGAAAUUGCAAACAUGGCUGUAAAUGCUGAUGGAGAGGAGGUUUCUUAUCAGUCCUGUGGAAAAAAGCAUCCCUCAUCAAUUACCAAGCGUGAAGGAUAACAUGUCUUGUGUUCUUUCUAUGGCCUGGGAACUCAUUUUGACCAAAACUCAAACUAUGGUAGCAAAUUUGUAGCCCUAGGCACCUUCAAUGACACCUUGUUUCUUUUCUCUAUAUGCUCUAUUUCUUUAUUUUUAGAAUGAUUGACUGUAACUUUUUAAUUAUAUUUUUGAUUGAGGUAUUCAGUGGAAGGCUGGGAGUCUUCAGCCCGAAAAGGUGAUUUUUACACAAGUGACUAGACCAGAAAAGAUGGUUGGUUGAUCACAAUGACAAUUUUUUUAGUAGGCCAAGUGUUUCUGUACUGGGAAAGGACUGAGAGAGAGACAAAUGCACUCCUAGAUGAGACCAGCUCUUAACUGAAACACGUGUGAGACAAUCUAACAAAUUUAGGCUUAGGCCCUUCUGAGGAUUAAAGGAAGUAAAAUGUUAAUUAGGAUAUCUUGUAAUAUACAAUAAUUCUCUUGUAAGUGUAGCAAGUCCUGACAAAGUAUCAGCACCAGUAUCUCCCCUAGUCCCAUCACAUGUGAAAGAAAAACACCAGCUUGAUGCUAUUUCCAGACCAGGUGCCUUCACUUGAAGACAGUAAUUU